AUGAGCUUUCUACAGCUUACGGCCGUCGGAGACGACUGCUACCUCCUUCUUACCAAUGGCACCAUCAAACAAUGGACGCAGGGGUCAUCCACCUCCUGGAAAGUGAUCGAUGCCAACCCAAACACUGUGCAAAUCACUGGUAGUACUCCUCUGGGUCAACGCCAUGGAACAGGCCAUGUAUACAAACGUUUACCAAAAUGGACCCAUUUUGGCACCAACGCCACCAAGCUCUGGGGAUGGGACGGUGAAUUUUGGCAAUGGCAAAAGGAGAACGGCGGCAAACUUUGGCAUGCAGGUCAGCAUACAAAAGGGGCAUGGGAGGUCGCCGAUACCAAUCCUCUCAUUAAAGAUCUGGCCUGUUGGUCCAAUCAGACUCAGUCAUCCGUGUACCAGUUGACGGAGGAUGGCAAGAUUUCGCAGUAUCAGGGCCCCACGGGAACUACCUGGCUGCAGAUCAAUGACGAUGCGACCGAGGCUGAUACCGCCGCUUUAACAACGGACCAUUCCAACGUCUACAAGAUGCAUCGGAAUGGGCUCAUUUUCGUCUGGAACGACAAGCCAAAACAGUGGACAAGAGUUGGUGCUGAUUUGAGAACGGUGGAGGUUGUUGGAGGAUCAGCAGGGCUGUUCCAGAGGAUGAAAGAUGGGAAGAUCUAUAAGUAUUCUGGGUCGGGGGCAAGUUGGCACGCCAUCGAUAUCCAUGCGGAUAACACUCAUCUUGCAGUGGCAAAUCAUGUCUACCGAGUGAACACGAAAGGUGAAGUGUAUGUACAAGAAAAAGAUGGAGCAUGGAAACUCCUGGAGGAUACCGUGAAGCCUCCGACAAAGCCCGGGACAACUGGCCCUCAGCCAGCUGAAACUUACAAUGGAGGGUAUUCAACUGCGACCGAAACCCUUCUGCGCAUUGGUAAUGGAGGAGCGGUGUCCAAAGGGGCAAACCCUUUCAAAGUGGCCUGGUUCAAGAGCGACACAACUGAAUCCAUCCAAUAUCUUAAAGACGGCGUUGUUGAUGUGGCCAUCACCUACACACCGGCUGCUGAAGACAUUGCUAUAGCCCAAGGCAUUGCCCUCUCUAGUCACUACAUUUUCCGGGAGCAUUACCUCCUGAUCGGGCCUCCCUCUAAUCCUGCCAAUAUUGACUUCAACUCCUGUAUUGUCACUCAGUUCAUUGACCUGUACAAGGCCGCCUCAAGUGAUCAACCCACGCCCAUUCCAGUUCGUUUCCUCAGUCGUUAUGAUAAAUCGGCAACCAACUUGAAAGAGUCUGAGCUGUGGAUCAAAGUUGGACAAGUCCCUUGGGCGACUAAACGCUCUGCGUGGUACCACCAGUACAUUGCCUACCCAAUUCAGGCACUAGGUGCGGCGGCAGCACUGGGGGAAUAUACUCUUACUGACUUCGGAACUUAUCUUUCUGUUGAUAAGAAGGUCCAAGACCAGGUGACCGUCUACAAGAAAGGGCUAGACAAGGUAGAUGACCCGCUAUUGAUGCAGGCGCAUUUGUUGGUGGGAGCAAAGGCAAACGAUUCGGCAUUGGCUGUGGAGUUUGCGGCUUGGAUGACAGAUAAACAGGGUGGGCAGGCUGUUAUUGCUGGUUUCAAGAAAAAUGGCGAGCAGGUUUACUCUCUUGCUCCUUAG